CGUGAGAAUAGCUUGUCAUUCUAAUUUCCAAGGCAAUUUAAUGUUUGAAUGGAGAACACUUUCUAUUAUUGGGUUGAGUGUUUCUCGAUUAAAUACAUUCAAAUUGGUUACAUGUUACUUUCAUUUUGAACCGUUAUGUCCCUUCUAUGCGUUAACGUCCGAAGAGCACGAUUAAUAGGACCUGAUGCAGCCCAAUACAGCACUUAUGUUACCUUAAAGUUGCAAAAUGUUAAAUCAACCACGGUUACAGUUAAAGGUUCCAAUCCCAACUGGGAACAGGACUUUCUAUUUGAAACAAAUCGUUUGGACACCGGGUUGAUAGUUGAAUUAUGGAAUAAAGGUUUACUAUGGGAUAAACUAUUAGGAUGUCACUGGAUUCCAUUAACUAUUAUUCCUAUGGCUGCAGAGGCUAUGGAUGAUGGACAAUGGCUAUCUUUAGACGGCGAGUUUAUCAUUGAGGAAGGCGAAGUCUGUGGGACUCACACUCCAACUGGUCAUUAUAUCCUGAUUGAGGCUCAUUUUGAACCACCAUUCGAGUAUACAAUUGAAGAUGUUACCGAGUUUAGUCGGAAUCUGGAUCUUCUUAAUAAUUAUACGGAUCAAGAGAAGACAAAUUGGCAACCUGAAAAUCGAGAUCCCUCCAUGGUCAUGCAACAGUAUUCACUUUACUCAGGUCUUUCAGAAGAUAGUGAUUAUACAAGCGAUGUCAGUUACCCUAUUCAACAGCAACAUCCCAAUUACAGUAGUCACCAUGCAAAUGCUGGAGCUUCUCAGUACGGUGGUUAUCCUCAUUUAUCGAAAUGGGCAAAAGAGUACGAUGAAGGGAAUAAUGCAAUGGCCUCAACAUCGUUAAUGACCUCUUCUAACCAAUUACCUCAACUUCAAACUGAUGCAUCAUCAUCAACGACAACAGUGCCACUAGGUUCAUCCACAUCAAACCAACAUCAACAUGCAACCUCUAUCAGAGGAUCAUCAACAUCUUCAACCCAAAUUCCUGGUUCUCGAAAACUUCCCAAACCAUUUAAGAAGCAACUUAGUGAUGAAAAUGAGCCGCUUUCAUACAAUAGUCGUCCUCACCGUAAACUGCCCAAUCUUCACGAUAAGCCUAAUCGAUUGCCUCUCAUGCGUCAGAUUACUCAAGAAAAUAGCAACUUAAAUCAACAACAAUAUCAAAACGAUGAUUCAAUGACAAUAACUAGUGACUCUAAAGGCAUAUCAACACCAUCAGGAUUCAAUCAAUUUGGUAGUCCCUCUGUUUCUGGAAGAACCCGCCGACAACAGCCUGCAAUCCCAAGAAAACGAAGCUUAGAAAGGCAAGGAGGAUUCGAACAGUAUGAAGAUACUUCAUCUCAUGGAAGUCAAAUUGGAUCUGGAAUGAGUCGACCAAUAUCAAAUAAUCAUCUAGAUCAAGCAGUUGGUGGACCAACAACCUCUUCAACUCCUAAAAAGCUUCCUCAAAUAUCUCAAAUUGUUCAAAGAUCUUUACCCGAAAUGCCCUCAGUUCCCCCUUUUGAUAAGAAUAAACUUUAUAAUUUUUACGAACAAGAAACAGCUCGACAAGACAGCUAUGAAAGUUAUGCAACCAGUAUUGGAACCGAGUCUGAGAUGAAUGAGGACUGGAUGAGUCGAAGUGAUACAAUGGAUGCCAAUUACGAUGAAAGUGGACAAUUGCAGUGUGUCAAUGAAGGCUACGAACAAGAUAAUUGGACAUCAGUUGACACUCAAGGAAAUUAUCAAUCUCUUGAUAUUGACACUGGUCUAUCUCAAUCUUCUGAACAUCAUCUUCAACACUCUUCAUCUUCAGCUCCAAUGAUUUCCACUGGUACAUCAGCAAACCAAAGCUCAGGUAUGGUCAAUACUGUUGCAAGUAAGGUAACAAACCUGAUUGGUGGAAUGGUAAAUGCUGUUAGUUCUGGACAUUCCCGGGGUGACUCGCUGGAUUCAAGUAAUUUAAUGAGAUCUCAGCCAAGUAUCGACACUUAUGAACCAAGUGAAUCCAGCUCAGCGUUUGGACGAUACAGUCAAGAAUCAAAUAGUAUUGAUGAUUCACGAAAUGGUGCCAAUAGUGCAAACGGAAUGAUGAUAAAUGAUCAACGUUGCUACAUUGAUCCAAAAGAACAGUGGAAAAAUUCAAUUCAAUCUGAUUCAAUGAUAUGGCAAACAGUUUCCGAAGAUGACAAUUACGAGGACACUUUGCAAGAUAUUAACACCUAUUACAACCAAUCAACGGAAAAGGAAGAAAUUUCACCUCCAUACUUAACCCCGGAAGCCAGUAUUGACAUGGAUAAUGUUCGAGAUUCAGUUUCCUUGAUGGAACCAACUACAACAACAACCACAUUAUCAUCAUCAUCAAAUUUAUUAAACACUAAUACAAACAGCAACCUUAAUACAACAUCAAGUAGUAGCUCAAAUUUAAUUUUACUGCCCAAUUAUCAAACACAAACCACAACUGGUUUAGAAGCUGGAAUAUCCAGUGAUCCAAGUCAAAUGUCUUUCAAUUCUGUGCCCACCGGUGAAUUGGCCUCUUCAAUUAAUAUGCCAGUUACCUUUCCUAGUAUAUCAAACACUCUUGCCUCAUCGAUAGGGUCACAGCAAACCUCGAUAAACCUGCCUCCAUCAAUGAUACCACCAUCAGCCUCAGUAGUAAUAACAUCCCAGCCUCCACCGAGUGCAUUGAAAAGUGAAUCACGUGCCCAAAGCGAACCCAAAACAGUGACUUUUUCAGAUCAAAUACAAGAGGAAACCUUUUCUUCUGAACGUGGAUCAACCAUUGACAGUUCUGGGCUUGGUUCAGCAUCCAUUAUUGAUAUCAAUGAAACAACCGAACUCAAAGAUUCAAGUGAUAUCAGUGGCCUACCAUUUACACCUCAUGCUUCCAAUGAAACAAACUUUAUCAACGAGCCUAAAAGUGCUUUUUACGAGUUUGCCCCAACAAACACAUCGGGAAUGUCAAAAGCUCGACUUCGCUGGUUAACUGCCUACAAUAAAAUUGUCAGUGAUUACGAUUUGACCAAACAUUGA